GAUGAUGAGGAUGAAGGUGGCAAAAACUCAAAGCUCGGUGAGAGCAGCAAGGGCGGUGGCAAGAACGAUGUGAACCAAGAGGACGACACGUACCCCAACAAAGCACAGGCCUUGAAGGAGGCGAAAUUUGCGAAGACCACAAAGCUGGGUAAAGGCCAGUGGGGCCGACGAGCAGCGGAUGACAAUCUCAAG